AUGCUAAUGGCCCUGGAGAGAGAACAUUGUGCUGGCGUCGUUGAUUUAUGCGUGGAGUUUGGCGAACUAUUCGCAAAGGUGGUUCAUGAGAAGCUGCAUCUCCUAUCACCACCAGCUUUUCCCGUGGAGCGUCUCUCCAGCAGUGAGUGUGGGACGCGGCUAUGCGUGUGGGGCUCGCGUGGUGUUACCAUCGCCGAGCUGCCAACUAGAUGGGGCAGAGGCGGGUUGUUCGAAUCAGGGAAUCAGACUGUAUUAUGCAAGUAA